CUCGCGUUGGAAAGUUUCUAGAAUCUCUUCCCGGCGGCCUUUGCGGUUCCAACAUGGCGGAGCUGACGGUGGAGGUUCGCGGCUCCAACGGGGCUUUCUACAAGGGAUUUAUCAAAGAUGUCCAUGAAGACUCCCUCACAGUUGUUUUUGAAAAUAAUUGGCAACCAGAACGCCAGGUUCCGUUUAAUGAAGUUCGAUUACCACCACCACCUGAUAUAAAAAAAGAAAUUAGUGAAGGAGAUGAAGUAGAGGUAUAUUCGAGAGCAAAUGACCAAGAGCCAUGUGGAUGGUGGUUAGCUAAAGUUCGGAUGAUGAAAGGAGAGUUUUAUGUCAUUGAAUAUGCUGCUUGUGAUGCCACUUACAAUGAAAUAGUCACAUUUGAACGACUUCGGCCUGUCAAUCAAAAUAAAACUGUCAAAAAAAACACCUUCUUUAAGUGCACAGUGGAUGUUCCUGAGGAUUUGAGAGAGGCGUGUGCGAAUGAAAAUGCCCAUAAGGAUUUUAAGAAAGCAGUAGGAGCGUGCAGAAUUUUCUACCAUCCUGAAACUACCCAGCUAAUGAUACUGUCGGCCAGUGAAGCAACUGUGAAGAGAGUAAAUAUCUUAAGUGAUAUGCAUUUGCGAAGUAUUCGGACGAAGUUAAUGCUUAUGUCCAGAAAUGAAGAAGCCACUAAGCAUUUAGAAUGCACAAAACAGCUUGCAGCAGCUUUUCAUGAAGAAUUUGUUGUGAGAGAAGAUUUAAUGGGCCUGGCAAUAGGAACCCAUGGUAGUAACAUACAGCAAGCUAGGAAGGUUCCUGGAGUAACCGCCAUUGAGUUAGAUGAAGAUACUGGAACGUUUAGGAUCUAUGGAGAGAGUGCUGAGGCUGUAAAAAAAGCUAGGGGUUUCUUGGAAUUUGUGGAGGAUUUUAUUCAAGUUCCCAGGAAUCUUGUUGGAAAAGUUAUUGGAAAAAAUGGCAAAGUUAUUCAAGAAAUAGUGGAUAAAUCUGGUGUGGUUCGAGUAAGAAUUGAAGGCGACAACGAAAAUAAACUACCUAGAGAAGAUGGAAUGGUUCCAUUUGUAUUUGUUGGCACUAAAGAAAGUAUUGGAAAUGUACAAGUUCUCCUAGAAUAUCACAUUGCUUACUUAAAGGAAGUGGAACAGCUAAGAAUGGAACGCCUUCAGAUUGAUGAACAGCUGCGACAGAUUGGUAUGGGUUUCAGACCUUCUUCCACCAGAGGGCCUGAAAAAGAGAAAGGAUAUGCCACUGAUGAAAGUACCGUCUCUUCUGUACAAGGUUCUAGGUCUUAUAGUGGAAGAGGCAGAGGUCGUCGGGGCCCUAAUUACACCUCCGGUUAUGGUACAAAUUCUGAGCUGUCUAACCCCUCCGAAACAGAGUCUGAGCGUAAGGAUGAGCUGAGUGAUUGGUCAUUGGCAGGAGAAGAUGAUCGAGAGAGUCGCCAUCAGCGAGACAGCAGGAGACGCCCAGGAGGAAGAGGCAGAAGUGUUUCUGGGGGUCGAGGUCGUGGUGGACCACGUGGUGGCAAAUCCUCCAUCAGUUCUGUGCUCAAAGAUCCAGACAGCAAUCCAUACAGCUUACUUGAUAAUACAGAAUCAGAUCAGACUGCAGACACUGACGCCAGCGAAUCUCAUCACAGUACUAACCGUCGUAGGCGGUCUCGUAGACGAAGGACUGAUGAAGAUGCUGUUCUGAUGGAUGGAAUGACUGAAUCUGAUACAGCCUCAGUUAAUGAGAAUGGGCUAGUCACAGUUGCAGAUUAUAUUUCUAGAGCUGAGUCUCAGAGCAGACAAAGAAACCUCCCAAGGGAAACUUUGGCUAAAAACAAGAAAGAAAUGGCAAAAGAUGUGAUUGAAGAGCACGGUCCUUCAGAAAAGGCAAUAAAUGGUCCAACAAGCGCUUCUGGCGAUGAAAUUCCUAAACUACCGCGUACUCCAGGAGAAGAAAAGACUAAGAACUUAAAAGAAGAAAGCACUCAAGAAGCAGCAGUCCUGAAUGGUGUUUCAUAACUGAAGGAAGUUCCUAGUUUACAGUUCUUUUACAUUACAGUUACAAUAGUGCUUGUACAAGCUUGCCAAAGAUAGAAUAUGGAUCGCCAGUCUUACAUCGCACUUUCAGUUCCUCCAUUUGGAAUUCAGAAAGGGGAGGGAUCCUGAAGAAAUCAUAUGUUAAACAUACUUUGACACCUACUGUGUUAAAAAUAUAUCAUCAGAUGUGCCUUGAGAAUAGUAUAUGUAACAUUAAAAAAAGUUGCUGGCUAUAGGAAAUGUUAUUUUGUUUUCAAAAUAUGGCAGAGAUGGGGGGAGGUGGGUGGGGUGGGGUCCCAAACGUAAUAUUCUUUAUGAAAGCAUUAGCUGCUUUUGUUACAUUUUUAAUAAUAUGCAACCACUUCUUCACCUGAGGAAAACUAGAAUGAAGCAGUUUAAAAAUAUUUUGCACUGAAUUGUAAUUUUCUUCAUUAGUUUAGUCUGGAAACUGGUCUGUUACGUGUUUUUUAAAUGCUGUUUGUAGAGGCAAGUCUGCAGACCACUGGAAUACAUAUGUUAACUCAUCUGCAGGGACACUGGGUGAUAUUGGCAGUGACUGUUCUACAUUGAGGCUUUGUUUGGUUUAUUUAUUAAAGUGUACAGUAUUUAAAGAAAUCAAACAUAGCUUUAGUUGAAACACUAAGCUGAUUAGUCAUGUCCAUUCAGACAUAGCCUGAACUACUGAAAAGAUAAUUUCCAGAGGGUUUAUUCUGUAUAAACUACAUGUUUAGUCUUCAGUAGAGUAUCUUUCACAUUUUCUUCCCACCUCCUUUUUUCCCCUUUUUUUCCCCUCUUUUUUGAUUUUGGUUGUUUGAUGUGCAAUAUGUUUUUGUAUGCAGGUAGUAAAUAAACUUUGAUCUUCCAUUUGCUGAUUUUAACUUUCUACUUUUUAUGCCAAUUGUUUUAAAGCAGUAGGACUACUUCACAGGCCUAGAAUAGAGAGCGUUAUUGGAUUGCUUUUCAAAAGCAUUUAUUCUGCCUCAGAUCUAGUAUUAAAAUGCUAAUUGCUUAAUCAUUUUGUCAUGAACCCUCUAAAGUCUUAACACUUAAAAAUUUGGCUGUUAAAUGGUUUAGAAAAUACAUGUCUUUGCUGUUGGAGAAACCUCUUCAUAUUAAAUCCUAAUCAAAAGCAAGUUGUGGAAGAUAUGGGAGGCAGAAGAUAGCAUUUUACUUUUGCCUUUAUUUCUUUAUUAAAAAACUUUUUAACAUAUGGUAAGCAGUUUUUACGUAAUAGGCCAAUAAUGUGCUUUUUGAUUGACAAGGAAAUGAUUUUGAAGGUUCUCAUACCAGUGACUGAAAAUCAGUAAUUAAUUAAAAAUAUUCAGAAGA